CGCCAGCGCACGCGCUCCUGCUGCAGAAGAAGUGCCGAUAGUUGAUAUUAUUACUACUACUAACUCCUGCGUCUCCUCCGCGCGCGCUGCUGCGUGGUGGUCUCCGGGGAGAAUCAGCGGAAAACAGGAAGACGUGAAGACGUCGUCCGGCUCCAUAUUCCACAUUUACUUCUGAGAGUCCCCUUCCCUACAGGCAGGAGAACCUGGUAGCACAGUGGUUUGGGAUGCUGAGGACAGAGAAACAGCGAGAAGGCAGCACUCCCGGCGUGGUGAACUGAAGACGAGCGAGUCCUCGGAGAAGGCCUUUGAGUCAUGAUGCAAGAGGCGGGGCCAGAGCUGGCCAGCAAUCAGAAUGGGAUGGCCAAUCAGAACGGAGUAUUGGCCACUCCUAGAGACGUAGGUUCCAAAAGUGCCACGCCUUCCUCUGACGUUACAACGGCCGACCUGGUGAAUCUUCAGCAGCAGCAGCAGCAGCAGGCUCUACAAGUUGCAAGACAGAUUCUUCUCCAUCAUCAACAACAACAGCAAAAACAGCAGCAGCAGCAGCAGCAACAACAGCAGCAGAGUGGAGCUAUCAAAUCUCCUAAAAGCAGUGAGAAACAGGCCACACUACAGGUACCUGUGUCAGUGGCUAUGAUGACACCGCAGGUGAUAACUCCUCAGCAGAUGCAGCAGAUUCUCCAGCAACAGGUCCUGAGCCCUCAGCAGCUCCAGCUCCUCCUGCAGCAGCAACAGGCCCUCAUGUUACAGCAGCAGCAACUCCAGGACUUCUACAAGAAGCAGCAGGAACAGCUCCAUCUCCAACUCCUCCAGCAGCAGCAUGGCAGCAAACAGCAGAGCAAAGAGGUCUCUGCUCAGCAGUUUGCCUUCCAGCAGCAGAUCCUCCAGGUUCAGCAGCUGCAGCAGCAGCACCUGCUCAGCCUGCAGAGACAAGGCCUGCUGUCCAUCCAACCCAACCAGAACCUGCCUCUGCACUCUCUCACUCAGGGCAUGAUUCCAGCUGAGCUGCAGCAGCUGUGGAAGGAGGUGACGGGAGCGCCGGUGAAGGAGGAGAACAGCGCCGCCAACAACGGCCACCGCGGCCUGGACCUGACCUCCGCCUCCCCCGCGCCUCCCAAAAACCCCCUCCUCAACCAUCACCCCACCACCAACGGCCAGUACAGCAGCCACUCGCUCAAGAGAGAGAGUUUAUCGUUGGAUGAUCACUCGCACCACAGUCACCCACUCUACGGUCAUGGCGUGUGUAAAUGGCCAGGAUGUGAAGCGGUGUUUGACGACUUCCAGUCUUUCCUCAAACAUCUGAACAACGAGCACGCGCUGGACGACAGGAGUACGGCUCAGUGUCGGGUACAGAUGCAAGUAGUUCAGCAGCUGGAACUGCAGUUAGCGAAAGAUAAGGAACGACUGCAGGCUAUGAUGACUCACCUUCACGUAAAGUCCACCGAGCCCAAACCCACCCCGCAGCCGCUUAACCUGGUGUCAAAGGCGGCUCCCGCGGCGUCGCCGCCCCUUAGCCUGCCCCAGACCCCCACCACGCCAACCGCCCCGCUCACGCCGCUGUCCCAGGCCCACUCGGUCAUAACGCCCACCAGCUUACACAGCGUGGGACCCAUCCGCCGCCGCUACACCGACAAGUACAACAUGCCUAUAUCUCCAGAUAUCGUUCAAAACAAGGAGUUCUACAUGAACGCAGAUGUUCGUCCUCCGUUCACGUAUGCAUCGUUAAUACGACAGGCGAUACUUGAGUCACCGGAAAAACAGCUAACACUAAACGAGAUAUACAACUGGUUCACACGAAUGUUUGCAUAUUUCCGGCGAAAUGCAGCAACGUGGAAGGGUGCAGUGCGCACCAAUCUCUCCCUACAUAAGUGCUUUAUAAGAGUCGAGGAUGACUUUGGGUCCUUUUGGACCGUAGACGAAGAAGAGUUUAAACGCGGCCGCCACGUACAGCGAGGUCGCCCACGGAAACACCUCAACGAGCUACCUGUACAAAGUCCGGCUCUAGUGAAAAAUAUCCAGACCAGUCUGGGAUAUGGUCCCGCCCUCUCGGCUGCAUUCCAGGCUUCCAUGGCAGAAAACAGCAUACCUCUCUACACUACUGCUUCCAUCGGAAGCCCCACUCUUAACUCGCUCGCUAACGCUAUCCGAGAGGAGAUGAACGGGGCUCUGGACCACGGCAACAGCAACGGAUCCGACAGCAGCCCCGGACGCUCCCCCCUGCCAGCUAUGCAUCACAUCAGCGUUAAAGAAGAACCACUGGACCCAGACGAGCACGAAGGACCUCUCUCCCUGGUGACGACGGCCAAUCACAGUCCAGACUUUGAUCACCACAGAGAUUACGAGGACGACCACGAGGACAUGCUGUAAAGCUGCAGGGCUUCGUUUCCUCAGGAGCCAAAGUUCCUCUUUUUCCUUAAAGGGGCCAAAAUGAACCUAAACUGAAGCGUCAUCAUCGUCGAGACCACUCCAGACUCUGGACUCUCUCGGUCCUUUUCGUUGACAGCUAUAAAUAAAAAAAUGAUGUUUUAAUUUACAAUUUACGUACUCUUAGUGCCAUUAAACAUGAUGAGGGAAACGGGGAGAAAAACGCAAGAAAAAGCGAGAAAACGGACGAUUUAUUCCAUUUGGGAGCGAUUAUUUUUUGAUUUCUACUUUUCGGGUUUAGAGACAAAGACGAGAAGAGAUAAGAAGACAGACCAAGUGCAUCAUCUUCAUCAUCAUCGUUAUUAUUAUUACCGUCAUUUCUACUUCUUCAAUAAGCAUUCGAUAAGGAGCCGUUUGGUACACGAGGACUUCUCUUCUUCUUCUCCUUCCUCUUCCUCCUUUUCUUCCUCUUCCUCAUCAUCAUCUUCCUCCUCCUCUUCCUCCUCCUCUUCUUCACGUUGCCUGGCCUGCUGGAGAGACCAGACUGGACACGGAUGUGAAAACGUGUGCAUGCAGAGAAAGACUGCCGUACUGACUCGCCAUCGCCCUUGAUUAUUGAUUAUCGAUUAUUGAUCAUUGAUCAUUAAGCCCCCUGAAACGUUUUUGUGUGUCGCACAGUUGUACGUGAAUUUAGUUCGGUGUCACUGCCUUCAAAUCAUGGAUAAUCUUCCAUCACAGCUGGGAUUCUGGAGUUUCGAGGGCGAAUAUUAAUAAUAAUAAAAAUACCUUUGUGUCCCAUCCUCCUGUUGUUCCACGCUGUUCUAUUAUCAUGCUCUACUAUUGUUCUAUUGAUUUAUUUCCUUUUAUAUUUUGUUUUCUAUUCUGUUUUAUCGGUAACACUGCUUUCUAGGAAUGUCACGUCUAUUAGACUCUAUAAACACCUUCGUAACACAUUAUAUAAUGCAUUUAGUUUAAGGAAUAAGGCAUUAUAAACAUGGCUAUGAAUACUAAUAUAUGGAUACAAAUACAAAAAAAAAAAAAAACACACACACACACAUUAUAGACACCUUUAUAACGCAUUAUGAAUUGUGACCAAAAUUAAUAAAUGUGUUGUGUAUCAAUUACAAGAAAUUAUUGGAAUAUUUGAUUAAAUAUUAUAUUAUUUAUAGUCACUUUUGUGUUAUGUUAUAACUAGGGCUGUCAACCUUAACGCAUGCAGUUAAUAAAAGUAUUUUUUUUUCCUAUUUUCAAGCUGCUUAGUGUGGAAUAUGGAGCUACACUAGCGUUUAAACUCAGAAACUCAGAACACAUUACAAUAUUUAAGUUUAAAAACCAUCAAAACCGGUUAAAACGUAUCAAAAUAUGAUUAGUAGUGUCCCCUUCCCAAAAAUAGUGUCAAAAGUAUCAGCAUUUAAAAAAAAUAUUAAUUAUCAUGAUUUUAUUCAUGAUUAGCGACAGAAUAUCGUUGUUAAUUAUCACAAUAAUUUUGUAAAACUGAUUAUUUUAUUUAAAUUUAAAUACUCAUCGUUAAAAGAUUAGUUUUUUUUUUUGUUUGUUUUUUUAAGGAAGAAAAAGUGUGAUUAAUUGCAAUCAAUCACAGAAUUCUAUUGUGAUUAAUAUGAUUGAUAUUUUAAUGGAUUGACACCACUAGUUAUAACAUGUCUUUAUGUGCUCUAAGUAAGCUGACAAACUUUAAUAGUGGAACUAUAUUUAUUAUUAAUGAUAAGAUAUAUACUGUAUAAUGUUUAAUUAACAAACAUAUCACAAUCACAGCUUGGCUAUAUGGCUAUAAUGUGUUAUGCAUUUUUAAUAAUACUUAUAGCCAUGUAUAUAAUCUAUUAUGAAUGGAUUAUAAUGUGUUAUAAAGUCUUAUAGACGUGACAUUCAUAGAAAACAGUUUUAUCGUUUUAUUUCCUGAAACUGAUCAGACCUCAUUGCCCGUUGUUGUGGAGAUUCUGUACGAUCAGCACUUGAUAAUGAUAAUGAAUGUGUUAGUGAACGAGUUUUUAUGGUUUUUUUAAAUGUUUUAAAAUGUAAAAUUCCUAUUUUCCUGUUUUUUUUUCUUCCUUUCUUUCCAUUUCUUUUUUUUUUUGUUUGCAACGAGAAACAGAAUGUCAAUUUUUUACCAUGUAGUAUUUUUCUGUCAUUUAUUUCAUUUAUUUCAGAUCGCCACGCCACUGUCUUUCUCAAAACACACUCACACACACAUAUAUAUUCACACACAUAUAUAUAUACACACACACACACACACACACACACACACACACACACACACACACGCAGUUAAAGUCCAUCUGCAAAUGCACUACUGGUAAUGAAGGCUCUCUCUCUCCACGCAUCAAUGAAGUUUAAUUUUCACAAGGGAAUGAAUGACAGAGAAAUCAAGGCAGGUUACGACUUAUCAUUAUAAAAUUAUACUUUCAAAAUUCCUCUCUUCCUUUUUUUUCUUUCUUUUUUUCUGCCGUGGCGACGGUGUGUGUUCUCCGCAACCGAAUCGCUGAUCAGAAAAGGAAAAAAUAAUAUAAAAACUAAAUCACUGGUGUGAAAAAGGGGGGAAAAAAAGAACGAAAUGUCAGAAUAGAGGGGAGGAAGCAGCAGCCAGGAGAUAAUAGUUAGACAAAAACUAAUUGUGAUUCCCAAACGAAACUGUCAGCAUAGAUUAAACUUCCAUUUCUAUACUUUUUUUUUUUCGUUUCUCAACCCGUUCUGUGAAUAACAGACUGUCGAAAAUGUUCAACCCCUUUAAAAAGCGCUAAAAAUGAUUCACUGUUUUGUUUUAAGGUUGUUUUUUCAUCAUUAUAAUCACUAUAGCUGGACCACUGUAUGCAUUUCUCUCUUUGUGUGUGUAUGUGUGUGUGUUAUAUUAGCAGUUGUUAUUAAUUACAAGUUGGAUUCAGAUGAAAAAGAAAGAGAAGAAGAAAAAAGAAAGAAAGAAAGAGAGAGAGGUUAAAGGGAUUACAAGCCAAGGCUGGCAUUAGAAGCCAUGACCACUGAGCAUUACAUCAAUGGGGCAGCCCACUAAAACCACAUGCAUCUGGACAUGCAUCAAGCCAUGCAUCUAGCCAUGCAUCUAGCCAUGCAUCUAGCCAUGCAUCUGGACGUGCAUUUAGCUAUGCAUCUAGACAUGCAUCUAGACGUGCAUUUAGCUAUGCAUCUAGACGUGCAUCUAGCCAUGCAUCUAGACGUGCAUCUGGACAUGCAUUUAGCUAUGCAUCUAGACAUGCAUCUAGACGUGCAUUUAGCUAUGCAUCUAGACGUGCAUCUAGCCGUGCAUCUAGACGUGCAUCUAGCCUUGCAUCUGACAUUACCUUAGAUCUUGGAGAAAAGUAUGAAGACAUUGCUUUCCCUUAAAUUGAACUAUUAGCAAACUCUAGAAGAACCAGCUUGCCUGCAGUUUUAAACUUUCUAGACUAGAAUCAAAAAAUAAAAACACUUUACUGCCAAAAGUAUCCAUUGCAUUUGGUGAAUUAAAGCUUAGAUGAAGCUUCUCAAACAUGGAAACCCAUUCUUUUAUUGCAUGAGUCUCUCUAAAAUCUUCUGUUUUUGAUCUAAUCUGAAGAUAUAUGAAGUUUAAAGCUUAAAUGAAGUUUGGAUGAAGCUUCUCAGGCAUGGAAACCCAUUCUUUCAUUGCUUGAGCCUUUCUAAAUUCAACUGUUCUUGAUUUAAUCUGAAGUUACAUGAAGUUUGGAGGUGUGUAGUGAUUACUGUUGCUUGCCUCCACUGUGUUAUAAUAUCACUGACAGUUGGCUGUGGAAUAUUUUGUGGUGAAUAGUAAAAUUUCACGAUUGGACUGGGUUGUUGCACAGGUGUUGCAUCCUACCCAUUCUUUCACUAAUAGCAAAUACUUUUGGCACUAUAGUGUAGAGCAACCAACCACUUCUCCACACUUCCAUUCUUCUUUUCUGUAAUUUAUUGUUUUUCAUUUUUUUUCUUUUAUUCUUUAAGCUCAAAUCAAGUUUCCUGUUCAUUAUCUGUGACGACCAAAGAUAAACUACUAAAUGAAAUAAUAAAAAUAUGAUAUUCUGUGUUCCAUGCAAUAGAAAACAAGGCCAAAUAUCCUCCUCGUUCUCUUCAGCUGGAUGCAAAAGAGUAGAAAAAGAAAACAGUUACACGGCUGCAUCUCGAUUAAUAGUGAAUGAAUCGGUGAAACAAGGCAUUUAACGUUUAAAAGCCAAAAAGUUUGUUCGACGGCCAGCUGCAAGUCUUCACUUUUAACCAAAACAGGAAAAGUAGAGGAGAAAAAAGUAAAAAAAAUGAGAAACACAUGACCAUAUCAUAGAAAUACUGUGUUUGGGCCACUGAAAAAACUGAAGGGACGACUGUAAAAACAAACAAACAAAAAAAGAUAAAAUUAAAUAAAGGUAUUUGGGGUGAAACUGAGUUUUAGCACCGAAAAUACAGGAAAGGGACGAGAUUUUUAAAACACAAUGUAAAAAUCUGUGAGAUCUACACUUCAAAACAACUGGACCACAAAAUGAUGACAUUUUGUUCUCUAUUUGUCCUUUUUAUUGUAUUUUUUUUAUUUCAUUUCUGUGUUGAUAACACUUUAUUUGAAGGGUAUCUACAUAGGCGCUUUAUAACACAUUCAUAAGCGUUGUAUAAUGCGUUUUUAAAGCUUAUAAUGCUUCAGAAUUUUAUAAGCAUUUAUUAUGAAUAGCUUAUCCAAAAGACAUAAGAAGACGAGUGUUACGCAAUAUAUAAGGUUGUUUAGACAAAAAAUUAAUGACAUAUGUUGUCGAAAAGUUAAAUAUCAUAUUUAGGUUAUAUUAUAUAUUUAAAUCAUGAUAUACAUAUUUUUUUCAGGUUUCCAAAGCAAUUUAAGGUAUAAGGGUGCCCUAAAACUAAAAUUAAAGACCCUUUCUUCAUUUAUAACACUGUUAUAAACAAUAAAAACAAUGCUUUAGGUUUAUUUAGGUUCUAUUAGCAAAGUGCUUGCACAUUUUUAAUUUAUAAUACCCUCUUUAAGCAGACUUUAUUGGUUUUAUUGAGUUUUCUAAUAUUAAAAUAAAAAUCAGAGUGGAUAAAAUUAAGUGAAAACAUUUAUAACUCAAAUUUAAACACACAAAUAUCACGGAUAUUUAAAAAGUAAUUUAAUUUAUGUCACAAAGUAUUUACAAAAAACAAAAUCCGCUUAAAAACGCAUUAUUCUUUUAUUCCAUGUUUAUUAAUAUGUUAUUAAGCACAUUUGUACGUACCCUUCAAUAAAAAAAGGUGUUACUCUGUUUUUUUUUUCACUUUGAAAAGAUUGUAUGCCACUUAUUAUAUGUGAAUCCAGACCCUUUUUUCUUGUGUCCUUCUUUGUUAUCCAUAGUAAUGAUUUGCUUAUUGAUUGUGUUUUUAGGUUUUGUCAACUUAUUACCUUUUUUAUAUUAAAAAAACACUCCUGUCAACUAAUAAGCUGGGUACAAGGUACUUUAAUAGCAGUUCUUUUUUAACUUUUUUCCUUUGUUUAUUUGCUUGAUUUUAUUUUUAUUUUUUGUUUCUUUCCUUUGUAAAUUUAAUCACAACUUUCUGGUAUGGCAUAUAUAAAAAUAUGAUAUGUGAACAUAAAUCAUAAUCAAUAGAAGAGUUAUUCCCUGGCAGCUGUGGUAAUUAGGUAUUUUUAAGCUUGUUAAGACAGAAAAAGAGAGAGAAAGACAAAAAGCAACCAGAACUAAAACAGAAAAGACAAUAGAAAGACAUGCAUUCAUAUCUAUUCAUUCAUCCACCCAUCCAUCCAUUCUUCCUUUAAUAGCAUCUCUCUACAAGUCCUACAGGCCUCAUAUUCUAAAACUAGAACUAGAACUGUGACUAGAACUAGGACUAGGACUAAAACUAGGACUAGAACUACAACUGGGACUAGAACUAGGAAUAAAACUAGGGCUAGUACUUGAACUAGGGCUAAAACUAGGACUAGAAUUAGCACUUGGACUAGGACUAGAACUAAGACUAAAACUAGGACUAGAACUGGGACUAAAACUAGGUCUAGUACUAGGACUUGGACUAAAACUAGGAUGAGGACGAGAACUAGGACUUGGAUUAAAACUAGGACUAUAACUGGGACUGGGACUAGUACUAAAACUAGGACUAGAACUAGGCCUAGAACUAGAACUGGGUCUUGGACUAAAACUAGGACUAGGACGAGAACUAGGACUUGGAGCAAAACUAGUACUAGAACUGGGACUGGGACUAGUACUAUAACUAGGACUAGAAUUAGGCCUAGAACUAGAACUGGGUCUUGGACUAGGACUAGGAGUGGAGGAGAAGGAGGAGGGGACUAAAGCAGAUGAUCCAGGUCUAGAUCACGGAGAUAAAAUCACCCCCCGCAUGUGUAGCUCGACAUUACUAAAGCGUGAAGAAGAAGCAUGAGAAGAAAAGUUAGUACGCAUACCUCAGUUCAAACCUAUAGAGAAUGACUAAACAAAGAGAAAAUAAAAUAAAAAAAGAGACAAAAAGAAAAAGAGAUUCCAUUUCACUCGGUUGCACUUAGUCGUACGUCCUGCAUGUUUUAGUCAGAAAACUGUAGCAAAUGAUAUUUUAAGAAAGUGAGAGUUAAGAAAAUGAUAUAAAAAUGCAAAAAAAGCUUGUUCAUGCAUAUUUUUUCUUUUUUUAUCUUUGUUUUAAUUUUUUUUUUUUUUUUUGGUUUUAUGAGCCAAUCCAAACCUCAGGCCUUUAAGUCUGCUUACCUAUUCUUACACUUUAUUUUAUUUUUAUUAUUUUCUUUAUUGCUUGUUUUGAGUUUUACGUGUUGAGAUUUCGUUUUUUCUUAGUUUGUUUUUUCCAUUUUGUGGGCUUUUUUUUGUGUAGGUUGUACAUAAAUACAUGCAUAAUACAUACAUCACAUUAUAUAUAACAACAACAACAACACUGUGUCCUUUUUGCUCUGUUUUUCUUAUGUUACUUUUCUUUUUUCGGGGCUCCUUUUGAAGAACAAUAACAUCCAAAAAAUGAA